AUGAAUUCAGCAAUGGCCUCCACUCUCGGCUUGCCAUUCACUCCAUCCUGGCUUCCCGCCGUCUUUGACAACAAAAACAUCGAUGACAAGAUGACUUUAACCGAACGUUACAGUAAUCUCCUCACAGAACUCUCAACAAUCCAGGGAUUCCGAAAAGCCGCAGAAUCUGAAACAGCAAUUUUCCGCGAAAAAUUCGAAGAAAGUUUUGCUGAUUUGCCAAGGAUCGCGGCCAAAUCUUCAUUAGUUUUUGUAAAUUCGCUCGAUUUUUUGGACUUUCCUCGGCCAAAAAGCAGCAGAAUUGUGAAUAUUGGGGGAAUUGGAGUCGAAAAUAGCGAUGAGAAGUUGCCCGAGGAUCUGCGAACAUUAUCAGAAGAGCACGAAAAAAUCAUUUAUUUUUCAAUGGGAACCAUGGCGGUUACAACCUUCAACUUCAUGGAGAAUAUUUUGGAUAUCUUCUCGCAAGUCGAGGGAUUUCAUUUUGUUGUCAGAUUGGAUGAAAAAGAUACGGUAAAGAGGAUAUUUUAAGACAUUUUAGGCUGCUUGAAGACAUGAGCUUAACAUUAUUUUGGCGGAACGUAUUGUUUUGUAAACUCCUUUUUCAGGCGUCAAGGGAAUUUGCAGGAAACUUUCCAAAUAUUGACGUUGUUUCUUGGAUUCCUCAACAACAAUUGAUCUGUAAGAAUUUAUUUUCUUCUUCGUAUUCUACCUUGAAAUUUUUUGAUUAAAAAAUAGGCCAAAAGAUCCACAAAUCAUCUUUUUUUGAUCCUGGAAAUAAAAGAACCUGAGAGAUUAAUUUUAUUCAUACAUAUUUCAGGCCAUCCCCAUGUAAAACUCUUCAUAACUCAUGGAGGAUAUAACAGCCUAGUCGAAGCUGCCUAUUGUGGUGUCCCAGUCCUUGUCAUCCCAUUAUUUGGAGAUCAAACUUUCAAUGGAAAACUGGUCGAAAGAAAUGGCUGGGGAAAAAUGGUCAAUAAAGAUGAUUUAGCCGGAAAUCCGACAAAAUUCAUAAAAAUUUUCAGCGAAAUGUUGAGAAAUAAUAAGUAAGCAGCACUUGUCAACUCAUACAAUGAGAUUUCAGAUACUCAGUUAACGCUCAACGGGUCAAAACUUUGUUCAAAAAUCAAUCUUUCACUGGAAAAGAGGCCUUACAACGGUAUUUUCGAUUCCUCGAAGCGGCUGAUGGAAAUCUCCCGGAAUUUUUACCGUCAUCUGUUGAGAUGAGCAUCGUACAGCUCUAUAACCUCGAUUUGACUGGCCUUUUGGCUUUGGUUGUACUGUUCUUGACAUUUUUUAUUUAUAAUUCGGCGAAAAUUACGGUAAAAAUCGGAAAAUUUUUGAUUUCUCGGUUGUUUAGAAUAAAAAAUCGGGAAAAAGCUGAAUAAAAUUAUUACUAUUCUUAUUAUCAGUCUUAUAUUUGCUAAAAAAAGUUAACUUCAACUGUAAGUUUAUAAGAUUUUGCAAACUUUUGACAUCGACUAUGUUGUACAUGGCAAGGAUACAAAAACUUACAGAAAUUAGCAAGUUUUGAGCAUUUGAAGAUCAGAAUUGUUUACUUAGACAGGUUUGGAAAUAUCUUUCAAAAAACACUAUCUUACAGUCCUUUACAGCUACUGUUAUCCUCUCUCCAAACACCUUUCAUCGUAUAAAAUGUCGCCUUUUGUAAAAAUUAUUCUUUUUUGCAACGUUUCCUUUUAUUCGGCCACUAAUCUGAAUACACGAAUCGGAAGUUAUUUUUUUUCUCUUUAUAAACCCUUUAUCGAAUAUUUAUUUAGCUUUUCUCACAGCUUUAUAUUAAUCGUCAUGGUGAAUAUUGAAAAUAAAUUAUAUUGCUUUAGAGUUUGAGUAAAAGUAGUAAAUUUCCAGUUGCAGGGCUCGUUCAUGUCAUGGCAAUCAACUUACCAUCGGCGAGACUUGCAUUUGUCGCAGGUUUGGCAACUUUUAUUUGCAUAAGCUUUGUGCUAUACAAUUUUGUCGAUUCCAAUGCUACCAUCCGAACAAACGCCCUCAAACGAAAUGUAAGUGCGCUUAAAUGUCUUGUUCUAUGUUUAGAUACCUAUUUCCAUCAAGGAAAUGUUUAUUUUUCCCCUAAUAAUCGAAUUUUUAUAUUAUCUAUCCCUUCAGAUCGACUCGAUUGAAACACUUCGAGCCAAGGUUAAUGACCUCGAAGCAAAGCUCUUGAGAAAUGAGGAUUUAGUCAAGGACUUCAAAGGUCGAUUAGGGAGAUAUCAAGAGAUUGGGAAGGCCCAUGAGGCUGUAGAGAAUGAUAAUGGCCAAGGAGCUCAGAUCCCUCAGCCUCAGGAAAAUAAUGGAGUUCAUGUCGGUUUUAAUGUUUCCGGAGCCCAGCAAUGCCCUGUUGGACAAGUUGUCAGCGAUAUUCAAGUAAAUUUUUGGUUUAUUUUUGCUCUCUUUGGCUUUUAGGAGAUUGUACUAGGCAAAGGAGAUAAAAAUUCUCAAUUUUACCCUGAUUUUGGAUGUCCAACCGAACUAAAUGUGUUUUUUAUAGAUGUUAGAUGUCUAUGACAGUAUUCCCUUUGACAAUCCAAAUGGAGGAGUAUGGAAACAAGGCUUUGAAAUCAAAUAUGACAAGGAGAAGAUCAAAUCCGAAAAACGAUUGGAUGUUAUUGUUAUUCCUCACUCUCAUUGUGAUCCCGGAUGGCUCAAGACUUUUGAGGGAUAUUAUGAAGAGCAAACUAAGAAUAUUCUUGAUGGAAUGGCAAAAAAUUUGGGUGAAAAGCCGGAUAUGAAGUUCAUUUAUGCGGAGAUGUCUUUCUUUGAGCUCUGGUGGUCGCAACAGACGGAAGAUACGAAGGAGAAGGUUAGAGGGUACGUGAUUUGUCUUUUUUGUUCGGUUUUUAGGUGAAGGGCAAAAAAUUCUGUCAAAAUUUGAAUUUUUUCAUAUCUGAUGGUCAUGUGUAAUAUAAUUUUUGCGAAGUUCCGGAGAUUUUUUAUAUGCUAUUUGCUUACUUGAUCAUAAAUCGUAUUUUCAGCUACCUGCAAUCGGGCCAAUUCGAAAUUGUGACUGGUGGAUGGGUAAUGACAGAUGAAGCCAACGCCCAUUUAUAUUCAAUUUUAAUGGAACUUUUUGAGGGUCAUGAGUUCCUGCAGACCCAGCUCGGCUUCAAACCACGCUCUCAUUGGUCCAUCGAUCCAUUUGGAUUGAGUUCUGUAUUGGCUCAUGUGAUGAAAUCGGCAAAUUUGACGCACAUGGCCGUUCAACGGGUUCAUUAUUCGAUCAAAAAGUAUUUAGCCGAGAGGAAACAACUUGAAUUUAGAUGGAGACAGCUUUUUGCGGGUAAGAUGGGGCGGAGUUGGGGAUUUGGACCUUAUUUUUGGGGACUUGGACAUAAUAUCUGAGAAGAUUUUAGAUAUCAAAAAUUCGAAAUUUUUAUUAGAAAACUGGUAAAUUUUUUAUGAAAAUGAUGGAAAAUAAACUUUCGAGGCAUUUUAAAUUCGAUGAACUGAUUUUUUUACCGAAAAAUAUGAAAAUUUUUAUUUUUUGACCUUAUUUUACUCAUUUUCCUUAUUUUUUCGAUUAUAUUCCAGGCAAUUCUGCUCGAACUGACAUCCGAACCCACAUGUUCCCCUUCUACUCCUAUGAUGUCCCCCACACUUGCGGUCCUGACCCCUCGAUCUGCUGUCAGUUUGAUUUCCGCCGCCUAACUUCAUAUGGAUGCCCUUGGGGCAAGCCUCCAAAACGAAUCACCAAUACGAAUGUGGCGGCUAGAGCUGAGAUAUUGGCCGAUCAGUACCGCAAAAAGGCCCAACUCUAUGACUUGAAUGUACUUUUGAUCCCAUUGGGAGACGAUUUUCGAUAUGAUACGCAAACGGAAUGGACCGAUCAGUAUGAAAAUUACCAGAAAUUGUUUGCCUAUAUGAAUGGAAAGAAGGAAUUGAACAUCAAUGUAGGUGGUUUAUAGUGUUUGUUUUUGGUUUUUAGGGAGAGUGAAGGCAAUUGGCAGAAGAUUUGAGAAAAUAAUAUUUAAAACAUAGGAUUAUGUUACAGUAGCGGACCUGAUCCAGUGACAAAAACGUACCAUUUUGCAGCCGGAAAGUAUCAAAAAUGCAACAAAAUACCUCCCUCUCCAAGUGAAAACAGUUUUUUAGUUGGAGAGGGAGGCAUUUUGCCACAUUUUUGAUACUUCCCGGGUGCAAAAUGAUACGUUUUUUGUCACUGGAUCAGACCCCUCACUGUACGUAUUUGGCUUAUUUGGAAAUUUUUUUAGGCCAAAUUUGGAACCCUGAAUGACUAUUUCCAAUUGAUGGAUAAAAGAUUAUCUGAACAGCCCGAGACUCCAAAACAGGACUUGCCUAUUCUCAGUGGUGACUUCUUUACUUAUGCGGAUCGGGACGACCAUUAUUGGAGCGGUAAGAACUGUUUUGAACAAAAAAAUUUUAUGACUUUAGGUCUAAUUAGGUGAAAAUUUUGCAAAAUUUUUUUUAAUUAUAUUUUUUCGAGGGGAAUUUUUUAGGCUGUUGUUGGGUUUAGGCUAUUAUAUUUUCUUUUUUGGCUUUCAGAGUACUUGAUUUAUGUUAUUUUGGACCAUUUCAUUGAUAAAGUUAUACUAAUUUAGACAAAAACUUGUGAAAAAACAAUUUCAUUUUAGGUUAUUUCACCUCCCGGCCCUUUUACAAGCACAUGGACAGAACUGUCGGUCAUUUUGUACGAGCAGCGGAUAUUCUUUUUUCAUUUUCAAACUGGAAAGCCACCAAAAAUAAUGAGGAAAAUGCAUCGUUAAAACAACUUUAUAACCGAUUAGUAGAAGCGAGAAGAGCAUUAUCAUUGUUCCAACAUCACGAUGGAGUGACUGGGACUGCCAGAAAGGAUGUUGUUGUCGAUUAUGGACGAAAGUAAUAUUUUAAAUUUUUGGGAUUUUUUGAAAAAAAGUCGCAUUUUAGAAUUGUAAAAUUAGAAACAAAUUGCAGAACAUGUUUUCUUAAUCGUUUUUACAAUGUUAUUUUUGGGAUUUAACUUGAAAAAUUCUUGAUUAUGAGGCAAAAAUUUGAUUUGUUACCUAAAAUAAGGUCUUUUUUUUAACUUUUUUGUCAUAAGGAGAUUGAAAUUUUUAUUUGUGGUUCUUCAAGUUGUUUUCCCACCCCUUGAGCAUGUUUUAAAACUGAUUUUACUCUUUUUCAGGAUGCUCAAAGCCAUUGAAGACUCAAAAACGAUCAUUUCCCAGGCCACCGCCUAUCUUUUUGGCCUCUCAGAACAAGAUAAACAGCAAGUCAAAGUGGACACUGAGCAUUUCCUGGAUUUACUGCCCAAACAUAAACCCAUCGAACCGGUUUCAACGAUCCUAAUUCAGAAUUCACUGGGAUUUGAACGAAAUGAAGUCCAUUGUAUCGCCGUGAAAUCCCCGAAAAUUAAAAUUCGAAAAUCAGAAAGUUCGGAAGUCCCAAAACAACAAAUCCAACCGAUUAUAAUAGUCAAAGAUGGAAAGAUUACCAUAGAAAAAGAUCAGCUUGAAUUGUGUUUCGUUGCGAACAUACCAGCCCUUGGAAUUUCGAGGUAUGAGCUGGUCCAAGGAGAAGAUAAUGCAAAUUUCGUGAAGAUUCAAGCGUCCGAAGGAGUUGAAACGAGGUGAGCAUAUGAUUUGAAGAAUUUUUUGAAGUGCUAGAAAAGUUUUGGACCGAAUUUUUAUUUGAAUUUUGAAUUUGCGCCCAUUUUGGCAUUGUGUUUCAUAGGGGGAGAAUAGCUGAAAUUGGUCUUGGAAUUAAAUUAUGAGAUUGUAAAAUGCGGAAAUCUGUGCAAAAAGAAUGAUUUUUGUAUUUAAAAUUGGGUUUUUUUUAUUUUUACAUGCAAUAAUAUAUUAUUUUAGUAACUUUUCGCCAUUCGAAGCCACCAAAUUUGAUGGUGAAAUUUUAUUGUCAAAUGAGAAGACUAGUGCCUCCUUUGACUCCAAUACUGCAUUGUUGAAGUCUGUAAAGCCUAAAGACGAUAUCAGCUUGGAUAUGAAUAUGGAAUUUGUCUUCUACGGAGCUCGGGGGAAGAAUCGAUGUAAGUGUUGUCUAAAAUAAGGCUUUUUAUGUGAUUUUAAUCGAUUUUUUCGGUGGCUUGAGGGGUUACGAAUAAUUUAUAGGGCACAAAAGGUGAUUUUGAGCGAAAUUGAUUUUGGAAUUGAAUUAAUUUUUGAGUUCUUGAUCUUUUUAUUUUUUUUUCUUGAUUUUGCAUAAAAUAAGGAAAUUGUGGUGACAAAAAAAGAAAAUUGCUGAGAGCUUGGGGGUUUAUAGGAAGCUUGAGGUGUAAUGAAUGUAAUGUAUAUUGGUUUUGCUUUUUUUAUCCACGAUUUUUUUGACUUCUGACAUUAAGUUGACAUUAUACUUGAUCUAAAUUUUCAGCUCGAGAUCCUGGUGGAGACUCCCUCUCGGGCGCCUAUCUUUUCCUCCCGAAUGGCAAGGCAAAGCCCCUGGAGAACAAUAAGAACAGUUUUGUAAAAGUUUCCGGCCCAAUCCGCCAGUCAAUUCACAUUCUCGGCCCUCAGGAAGCUCAAAUCCUUCAAGAAAUUCGGUUGGAUCAAAAUGAAGACUUCUUGGAUAUUAUAAAUCAUGUUGAUAUCACGACGCAGAGCAACUUUGAGGUCGCAAUGCGCCUAAAAUCGACGGAUUUCACCAACAAUGAAGAGUUUUAUACCGAGCUGAAUGCCCAACAGGUAGGUAUAAUACAGGGUGACCCAAAAUAACGGAGACAAUUUUUGAAGGGUCCCACCGCGAAAACCGGGCGUUAGAGAAACAUAAGCGACAGCGGGUAAUGUUCUAUAACACCUUCUUUAUAAUCCCCGAGAAUUUGGUGGAAUCAUCAUGUCGCAGAAAAAAGUUACAGCUUAAGAAAAAUGCUUUGCGCCGUUUUUUUGGCCCUCAAUUUUGGUUCCCUUGUGUUGUGUAAAGCCUGGCUGUACUAGAGCCGCAGAAAUGGCAAGUUCAUUUGUUUUGUUAGACUACUAUGUCCGUAAGAAAGCAGUUGCAUAGGUUUUUGGGCUACGGUUUUUAUUUCUACGGUGGUACCGAUCUCAACAUUGAAGAUCGCCAUUUUUUCCAAAUUUUUUCCAUAAAAAAUUCAGUUUUUUCGAAUAAAGCUAAAACCACUAGUACGUGUUCUAUUCAUAAAUACAAUGAUUCUGAAAAAAUCUGUGAUUGCUUGCUGGUUGCAACAGCUUUUCCUUAACAAGUUUCUCGCCCAGAACUUCCCCAUGGCACGCUGCUUUGAGAAAGAUGGGUUAUCGAUAACAGAAUGACAAGAUGGAUCAAAACGGGGCUUUAUGCUCCAGCACACUUAUGAAUACGACUCUUAAGAAUCAGCCUAGGGCACUUUCGGUCUUACUGUGUCACCGGCUCGACCGGUAUGCCGCCUAAGGCAAAAAUAAGGCAGAAUUCCAGUGAUUACCAAGUGGCAUUCCGUAGCAGUUACAAGAUGUUUCUCUUUUGCUUUUAUGGUGUUCCUUUAAUCAUCUUCUAGUAACUCGUAUUACAUUUUGCCUUAUCUAACAUUUAAACUCCUUCUUACGCUUACAUUUAAAAAAGGCCGAUUUUUGCACUUCAACUGCCUGAAAAUACUCGGCUGUAACUUUUGAACCAUAGAUAGUUAAGCUUGGUAUGAUAGCUCAUUUUAAAGGUCUUAUUACGAUAAUUAAUCACUGCACAUCUCAAACUAUUCCGAGUUUUCUUUUUUGAGUAAGGCAGCUUUCUUGUAAAAACACCCCACGGGCAGAAGGGUCCGAGUCAACCGGAUAUAUUCAUGUCGUUCAAGGCAGAAGAGCGUCGUACAACAAAACUAUCGGUAAAUAAAACUACCCUAACGUGGUACUGAAAUAUAAAUAAGGAGUCACCCAUGAAUCUUAAUAAGACGCAGAAAAAACGGGAAAUCUUUUGUCUCCGUUAUUUUGGGUCACCCUGUAUUUUUUUAUUUUAAUUUUUUAAUUUUUUGGGAUAUUUUUGAAAAUUUUUGAAUGGAUUUGUAUGUGUACGAAUAGUAUAAGGCUUAAUGUAUGUAUUUUUCAGAUGAUCCGCAGGAAGAGGUACGAGAAAAUUCCAUUACAAGGUAAUUUUUACCCAAUGCCGGGAGCUGCGUUCUUGCAAACGAAGGAAAAAAGAUGGUCCUUAUUGGGCAGACAGGCUUUGGGAGUGGCUAGUUUGGAACCUGGAUGGAUGGAAGUGAUGCUGGAUAGAAGGCUAGACCAAGACGACGAUAGAGGAUUGGCGGAGGUAAAAAAAUCGAAUUUUUUGGAAGAAAUGGGGUUUUUUGAGAAAUUUUUUGGUUUUUCUUACGAUUUUGAUGUAUUUUUUGAGUUUGAAGGGUUUUUAUUGAAUUGUAGACACUUUAUACGAUAAAAAAAAAUUUAUAGAUAUGUCGACACCUUAUACGAUCAAACAUGUUUUUUUUCUUUUCAGGACGUGCAUGAUAACAAGCUCACAGAAUCCAGAUUCCGCCUCUUAAUUGAGAAAACGCCCUCUCAAUCCUCAACAGACUCCAAGAAGAUUGAUUAUCACUCGGUUCGGGCUCAUCAUUACAGUCUCAAAUUGCAUUAUCCAUUGAUUUCGAUGUCCAUUUCAUUAGAUGAAUCAUCCGCCAAAUCUUUACCGGCCGAAUGGAAACCCUUAAAAACGGAUUUGCCAUGUGAUGUACAUUUAUUGGCCUUUAGGAAUUUUGGAGAAAAGACGGUGUAUUCGGAUGGAAACAGAAAUACCGUACCGAAAAAUCAGGGUGCCUUGAUUCUGCAGAGACUUGGCAUUGGAUGUGAUGCUGAAAAUGUGGAGGGAAAAUGCAAACCAUCGGAUGGAAAGGUGAGAAAUUGGAGGGAAUUGGCCUAAUUUGAGAGGGAUUUCAGAGGAAAAUUUAUAUUGUAGUAGGUGACUGUAAUAUAUUUUUUUCUAUGUUUUUCAAUUUUUUGUGGAAAACUGCAAAAAGGAAAAAUGGUUUUUUUAAUUUUUUUCAAUUUGGAGACAUUUUAUACGAAAAAUUUUUUGGAUUUUUGAAAUUUUUUUAGUAAAAUUAAGAGGAAACGGUAUAAAACUUGUGAGGAAUCGGAGGGAAUUGGCAUAAUUUGAGACGGAUUUUAGAGGAAAUUUUAUAUUGUAAUAGGUGACUGUAACAUAUUUUUCUGCGUUUUUUUUUAUUUUUUUCAAUUUGGAGACAUUUUAUACGAAAAAAUUUCUGGAUUUUUGAAAUUUGGUUUUUAGUAAAAUUGAGAGGAAACGGUAUAAAGCUAGUAUUUUCAGCUCCUCCUCACCGAUUACUUGGUUGAUUCUCCCAAAAAAGCCAGUCUAACCUCUCUGACGAGCAUGGACGAACUCCAUUCCGUGAAUGGCCUGCAAGUUCAACUGGAGCCAUUUGAUCUGAAAACGGUUCGAAUCGAAUUCUAA